UCGUGGUUUUGAUUUUGGUCCUGUAUAAAAGAGUGUGUCGCGCUUCGGGUUCCACUUAGUUGAUCAGUUCGGUAGAUUGCGUUCAGAGGUUUUAAACGGUUUUCGCGUGAACAAGUUUUUUUUUAAUUUUAUCAUCUUCAAAAUGGCUAAGUUUGUGAUCGCCCUGGUCCUGUCGGUUCUGAUCGUUGCCGUGGCUGCCGGUAAGCCCGACUACUCGAAGCAACACCACCCUCAGCCCCACCAUCAGCCCCAGGUGCACCACCAGCCGCAGGGACACCAUCAGCAGCCGCAGGUCCAUAAGCAGCAGCCUCACCACCAACCACAGGGUCACCAUCAGCCACAGGUACAGCACGGACACCAGCAGCAAGGCCAUGGCUUCGGUUCCAGCCACGGACAACAGCACGGUGGAUUCCAUGGUCAGAAGAAACACCAUUGAUCAGUGGUUAGAGUUUAAUGUUUGAGUAAUAAAAAAAAAUAGUACUUACCUAAUUGAAA